UCCUUUUAACUUGCGGCCCCUGACUUUCCUGAGAGUAUUUCCGGUUCCGGCUGUGGGCCGGAGAAGACAUGGCGGCGACUGCGUCGGCGGCUGCAGGGGAGGAGGACUGGGUACUUCCCUCUGAAGUCGAGGUGCUAGAGUCUAUCUAUCUGGAUGAACUACAGGUGGUUAAAGGAAACGGCAGAUCUUCACCGUGGGAGAUCUACAUCACCCUGCACCCUGCCACUGCAGAAGACCAGGAUUCACAGUAUGUAUGCUUCACUCUGGUGCUUCAGGUCCCAGCACAGUACCCCAAUGAGGUGCCACAGAUCUCUAUCCGUAACCCCCGAGGACUCUCAGAUGAACAGAUCCACAAGAUUUCACAGGCACUGAGCCAUGUGGCCAACGCUGGGCUGGGUACCGCCAUGCUCUAUGAACUCAUCGAGAAAGGGAAGGAAAUCCUCACGGACAACAACAUCCCCCACGGCCAGUGCGUCAUCUGCCUCUAUGGUUUCCAGGAGAAGGAGGCCUUUACCAAAACACCGUGUUACCACUACUUCCACUGCCACUGCCUCGCUCGGUACAUCGAGCACAUGGAGCAUGAGCUGCAGGCUCAAGGCCAGGAGCAGGAGCGGCCACAUGCCGCAACCAAGCAGAAGGCAGUCGGUGUGCAGUGUCCGGUGUGCAGAGAGCCCCUCGUGUAUGAUCUUGCCUCACUGAAAGCAGCCCCCGAACCCCAACAGCCCAUGGAGCUAUACCAGCCCAACGCAGAGAGCUUGCGCCAACAAGAAGAGCGCAGGCAGCUCUACCAGAGGCAGCAGGAGCGGGGGGGCAUCAUAGACCUCGAGGCUGAGCGGAACCGGUACUUCAUCAGCCUCCAGCAGCCUCCUGCCCCUGUGGAGCCUGAGUCGGCUAUAGAGGCCUCCAGAGGAUCCCAGCCACCCAGUGCCCUUGCCACAGAACUGUCCACCUCAUCAGCUGCCCAACCCAACCCAUCAGCUCCUCUGCCCGUGGCCUCCCAGUACACGUGUGAGAAGAUUGCAGGGGCUGGGCGAAAUCAGCAAAGGUUGGGCGAGACCCAGAAAGCUAUGCUAGACCCCCCCCGGGCCAGUCGAGGCCCCUGGAAACAGCCUGAACGGAGGCACCUAAAGGGAGGGGAGUGCCAUGCCCACAGAGGUUCCAGUGACACCCAGGAACUGCCACCUCCUGAGGGGCCCCUCAAGGAGCCCAUGGACCUAAAGCCAGAAUCCUGUAGCCAAGGGGUUGAAGGUCCUCCCCAAGAGAAGGGCCCUGGCAACUGGCAGGGUCCCCCACCCCGCAGGACUCGGGACUGUGCUCGCUGGGAGCGCUCCAAGGGUCGGACACCAGGUUCCUCCUACCCCCGCCUGCCUCGGGGUCGGGGAGCCUAUCGUCCUGGUACUCGAAGGGAGCCCCUGAGCCUGGAGUCUGAGGAUGGUUCCUAGCAGUACUGUGGGGGGCAGGGACUUGGGGGGGCAGGGGGGCAAUAAAGAGAUUUGGCCUUG